AUCAUAGGUAGUACAGGAGCUAUUCCAAUUUUCAGGGUGCUGCACUGUAGUCUGUAGACAUCUUCAGCAGUUGGCAGUCUCCUUCUAGCGUUCCUGAGCUGUUUUCAGGAUGCACGGGCGUGCGAGGGUUUCUGUGCAGCACCAGCAUAGCGAUGCUGGUGCCAAGGAAGCUGCAAAGGACAAGAGGAGAGCAGCGCAGUAUGCCGAGCAGCUGGCCGAGGUUCUGAGGAGCAACCAAGAGAAGGAUUAUGGAAAGGAGGCGGUGGAGAAGAGUGCUGCGCUGCUCAAGACGAAUCCUGACAUGUACACUGCCUGGAAUUACAGGAAAUUGGCCAUAAAGAUGCUCCUGGCAGAGGCGGAUGAUGCAGCAAAAGCGCGCAUCUUUGAGCAAGAGCUGGUUCUCAUCUUUGAAGCCCUUCAAGUGAACCCCAAGGCAUACGGUGCCUGGUACCACCGCAAGUGGAUUCUCCAGCUGAUGGGAGUGCACGCUCCACUCCAGAGAGAAUUCAAGCUACUGGAUAAGCUCCUGAAGCAGGACGAGCGCAACUUUCAUGGCUGGGCCUACCGACGCUUCCUUGUGCGGCAGGCCGAUGCACCGGACACUCAGGAGAUGGCCUUUGUGCAGCAGAAGAUUGAUGAGACAUUCAGCAACUUUUCGGCGUGGCACUACCGGAGUAAACUCCUCACAAAGAUGCACCUGUCGAAGGAGGCCAUCGCUGUUGGACCGGAGCAAGCAUCGGCAUGGCUGGAGCCGGAGUUUGAGCUUGUGGACAAUGCGCUCUUCACUGAUCCAAAUGACACCAGCGCGUGGAUCUACCAGGCGUGGCUGUUGCAGAACACGGUACCCAACCCAGGUUCUGUCCUGACGGGAAUGUGGCCACCCUCCGGUGUCACGGUCCCGCUUGCCAAACCCCCGACCCCCUCCUCUAGUUCUCCAACUCUGCCAGCAAUCCUCUCCUUCUCAAAGCCCGUAUCCGGCGUCAACAGACAUACAGUCCCAGCGACGAUCCGGACACCCGAAGCGUCCAAAAAGACCGGGAAGGACUGGACGCCAGUGGGGAGCCAAGGAGAAGCGUCCAAAGUUUGGGUGCAGGAGCUACCGGCGGGAAGAAUUGAAAGCGCGGAACUUCACGUCCAUGUGGGGGCGGGUCCGGGAAUUCGGACGGCAGAGGGGGUCCAAGUCGUCCGAAGCGCAUCAAGUGGUUUCAGUGUUCGUAUGGUUGACGAGUCGGAUGCGGACGCAGUUCGUCUGCAAGAUGGUGACGUCAGCAGGGGAGCAGGGGAGAGUGAUGCAGGGGAGCCGGCGAGUGACGUCAGCCAGCUGGCGCUGCCGGGGUAUGCAGCUUCGUCGGUGCCAAAAGGUCCGGAAAAUGGGGAUUGGAAGGGUUGGAGAGAGGAGCUGUUUGCCAGGCAGCUGGACCUGAGGGAGCAGCAAGAGGAACUAGAGCAGGGCAAGAGCAAGUGGAUCCUCCUCGGCAAGGCGCGGCUCCUGGCAGCCAUGCGGCUCCUCCCGACCGACGCCGCAGUAAGCAGUAGGCUACACGAAGAACAGCAGAUCUACCGGGACCUGUUCGCUUUGGACCCCGCACACGCCGAGUACUACGGGGAGAUGCUCGGGCAACUGCGGCUGGAAGAGAUAACAGCGGACAGGCGCCAGCUCGAGUCGCACAUGGUGCGCACCUCCCGUGGUGGCCUGCCGUGCCUCCAGCUUCGGCUGCGCGACCUGGGCCUGCGACGGCUGGGCGCCCUAGAUGCGCUGCUCUGGGUGCAGCACCUCGACCUCAGCCGCAAUGCGCUGCGCUCCGUCGAAGGUCUCGAAGCGCUGCAGUUGCUUCGAAGUUUGGACCUGAGCCACAACAGAAUCUCGCAUGCUUCUGGCUUGGCUGCCCUCCACCUCCUGCCGCACCUCCGAUGGUUGAGCCUCGCAAGCAACCAGCUCGGGGCGAGCCCCGUAGAUACGCAGUUUUACUCAUCUGGGAUCCGACGUGAAGUUGUCGAUUCCGGAUUGGAUACGGGUCCUAGAGAACUACAACGUGUUUUUGGUGGGCUAAUGGGCUUGAGUCUGGACCUCUUAGAGCUUGGAGGGAACGAGAUCACGCAAGUGGAGGGGUGCGAGGCUUUCAUCAGACGCAUCUUGCCGAGGACAUCUAUCAAGCUUUGAUAAAGCUUGGUGCGGAGCGAGAAAUGGAGCUCUAUAUCUGCCCCGAUGCUCCAGCCCACCAGUUGUCUUUGCUUCAACUGGCAGAGUCGUAUACUCGAGUGCAUGAGAUGCGACGGCUGGCCAUUGUAAACGUUUUUAAAGUUAUUCAGCUACAAUGAAACCUGCAGGCUCAUCAAUGCCCCCGAUGGUUAUUAAAGUCGACAAUGGUUAUCUGUGCAUACUUUCAAACUUAAGG